CCUCCAUCAUACUGCAUCAGCCACACAUCUGAGCAACAGCAUCUUCCUGAGCAAGUCUAUCAGCCAUGGAUCCAAAUACUUGCAACUGUGCCGAAGGUGGUUCCUGCACCUGUGGGGAUUCCUGCAAGUGUAAAGACUGCAAAUGCAAGUCGUGCAAGAAAAGUUGCUGCUCUUGCUGUCCACCAGAUUGCAGUAAAUGCAGCCAGGGCUGCGAAUGUGCGACCAAAGGAAGCGAGUCCUGCAGCUGCUGCAAGUGACCCGCUCUCCCGGAUCCAGUCCCAUCUGUCCUGACCGUAGACUAGGUUAUUAAUGCAGUAUGUGUAUAAGAUGUCUGGCCCAUUUCUAUGGAAAUAUAUGUAUUUUGAUAAUAAAGUAUGAGAAAUGAU